UUCAUCGUUGUAAUUUUAAUUUCAAAUCACAAAAGUAAAUGUAGGAGUGGAACGGAGCGCAAAAAAAAUAAAUUAAGAAAUGAAAUCGUGCAAAAAAAAAAACUGCGUUUAAAUUCAGCGAGGAGUGUACUGAUGUGUGUAUGCGGAUAAUUUAUGAUAGUAGGUACUAUUUCCAUACAAAGAGGAACCCUACGCACAAUACAACCACCGGCGAAUCUCAUUGGCUACCCCGGGUGUCACAGGAAGCCAGGUCUUUAACUCAGGUAUCCCGUGAUUGGUCCGCUCUCUCUUUGUCUGCGAGGCAGCUGCAGGAUCUUCUCCACAUUUGAAUGUAUAGGGGAUUGGAAGGGACCCUUUCCAUGGGCCAUCUGUUAUACAGGCUGCAGUACUAACAAAGGUUCCCAGGAUGGUUUUAGUGCAUGUUGGAUAUCUGGUUCUUCCUGUUUUUGGCUCUGUAAGAAAUAGAGGGGCCCAUUUCAAUAGGCAUCAGCACAGCCAUGCUACCUCCUGCCGCCACUUCCACCUGGGCCCUCAGCCUCAGAUGUCCACCGAAUUCCCUCUCCCCCACCCUGGGCAGUCUCCGCCGGGCAUGAGCCCCCAUCUGCCCCCUGCACACCAGCACGCCUCUCCGCUUCAUCAACCCCUGACCCCCCUGCCAGCCCCGCAGUUUCAAGAUGUACCAGGACCCCCUUUCCUACCUCAGGCCUUACACCAGCAAUACCUCAUCCAGCAGCAGCUACUGGAGGCCCAGCACAGAAGAAUCCUUCCCCACUCCAGACGUACACAAGAGCGAGUCCCUCUUCAUCCCCACAGGCUGCGCUCUGGUUAUGACUACGCCCCUUCGCUACAUGUUCCUCAGCCAAUCGGACAGCAGCCAAGAUAUCUGGCAGAAGGCACUGAUUGGGAUCUCAGUGUCGAUGCCGGACUCUCUCACCAUCAGUUUCAAGUCCGGCAGCACUAUCAACAUUACUUGGCAUCACCCAGAAUGCAUCACUUUCCAAGAAACACAUCAUCGACUCAAGUGGUUAUCCAUGAAAUCCGAAACUAUCCUUAUCCACAACUGCACCUGCUUGCCUUGCAAGGACUCAACCCUUCACGACAUGCCUCUGCGGUGAGAGAAAGCUAUGAGGAGCUGUUGCAGCUAGAAGACAGGCUGGGAAGUGUGAAUCGGGGAGCAGUGCAGACCACCAUCGAGAGAUAUACAUUCCCACACAAAUACAAGAAGAGAAGACCACAGGAGUUAAAAAUAGCUUUGGAUGCAGAGGAGGAGUCAGAUAUUGAUGAGAAAUGCACAAUCUGUCUUUCUAUGCUGGAAGAUGGAGAGGAUGUCAGGAGAUUACCCUGCAUGCAUCUCUUCCAUCAAGCCUGCGUGGACCAAUGGCUGGCAACCAGCAGGAAGUGCCCUAUCUGUCGAGUGGACAUCGAAACCCAGCUGACACCUGACAGCUGAUGCUUCAGUCAGCCUGGAGUCCGACCCUGCCAUUCCCUCGUCCCUCAGGCACAUUGCCAAAAGCUUUGAGUCUUCAUCACUUACGACCCUGCCUUCUGAGCCAGCUGAAGACAACUGGAACAGCACACUUGUAAAAUGCAAGGCAGUCUUUAGCCUGCGGUGGGAAGGCGGGAUCUAGGUAGCAGUGUUGGGGCCUCACGUCUCUAGGGAGCUGGUUUUCCCAGACAAGACGAGUAGCACACCGCUAUGUUUAUUAAAGCCAUUUCACACUGAAGGUACUACAAUCCAGAGCAUGCAGUCCUUAACCUGUUAAGGAUUUGUACAUAUACCUCUAUAUUUCCUGGGGUUUCCUUAAAGAAAACAGAAGAUUAAAAUAGCCAGUUGCCCUCUUUGCCUAAUGAACCUUGGUAGCUACAGUUUCAUGAUACGUGGUUUACAUUUCAAAGCUUCUGUUUAACUCCACUAGGGAAUUGCAUUAAGCUAUCAAAUUUCAUGUGGCUACAACUUCCUAAACUAUUUUAUUAGCUUAAGCCUUGUGGUGUUAUGGGUUAUGUGCAGUCUUCUUGUGAGUGCAGGUAUCUGAGUACAGGAACUACUUCAAUUCAACCACUACCUGGCAGAAACAGGCAUCUGACUGGGCAUGAAUGCCCAUUCACCGAAGAGUUAAAGAAUAAAUGCCUCAUGUACAACAGAAAACAUGAGGUGGGGGAAGGUCAGGUGUUUUGUAAUGCCCUGAGCAUGCAGAAUAUAAAAGCCAAAUACAUAUUCCUGAUUAAAAUAGAGCAGAGUUCUUCUGUGAUCAUGCACAGUACAGAAAGUAGAGAGAGAUAGGAUGGAGAUGGAGUGCCUGCACUUAGUGACUAGUGGUUGUUGUGGUGGUCAGGGCUCAGGCUGUGUUGGUUUAUGUCUUUAUUUUAAUGGUGCCUCUAUGGAGUGAAGUGGUGCCAUCAAAAUGCAUGUUUUCAUUGUUGGCUUAGGAUGUUUUGUUAGCGUGAACUGAAGAGGGAUGUCUGUGCAUGAAUUUGUUAUCUGAGCAAUGUGAUUUUUUUUAGAAAAAAAAAGAAGAAACAACAACAAAAAAUAUUAGCACGAUGUAAAAUGACAUUACUGACAUGGAGUAUCCUGUCCUCAUCCUGUCAUUUUUAUGGCCUCUGAUGGAACCCUAUUUUGAUGUAUACCUUUUUGCCUAAAGAACAAGCACAUGUGAUAGAUAUUGCAACAACCUCUGUAUUUUUUUAAUAUGACAACCAUUCAGUGUUUGGAGAGGAUGAUAAGCUAGUGUGUAUAAUUUGUAUUUUGGUGUAUCAGAUCUCCCUUUGUGGUUGCUAUGCUGUAUUGAUAGAACAAUGUAGAAAGUUCUGUGGUGGAAGCAGUAUCCUCUUUAUAUUUCAUGUGGACAGUAUUGCUAUAGAUGAUCGCAUGAUCACCUUAACAAACAGAUGAGAGGAAAAAAGAAGCCAUUCAAUUCAUAAACCAAACAAAUCUCUGUCUAUCUCAAUCACACUGAGACUGUGACUGUUUGACAAUGAGCGGGGCCGUGGUUCUUGUUUUUAGUUUAUUUUUUAAAAUAUUAAUUGCUAGUGAUAGGGAUACUAAAUUCUUUUGUUCUUAUUACUUUCAAAAAUGCACUGUAUUCUGAAUUCACUUCAAUUUUCUUGGCUCUAUAUGAGCAUCUGUGCCUAUCAACUUCUCUCGCUAUGCACUCAUGUGCUGCCUAGAAACAAACAUCAAGGGAUCCUUUUUAAUAUAUUUUGUGCUGGAUGUUGAGUCUCCAUUUGAGAAAGAUCUUCAUAAAGAGAAGCCAGGCAUGAUGUCUGAUGGAUUUCAGGGGAGUAAUGGAGCUUUGACCUCAGUUUCACUGGCACUUGCACAUCCUCCAAAAUAAGGACUGUUUGUAGUGGCCAUGUACUCCACUAGUGACAAUGUUAAACAUGCUACACAGUAAAAACAAGUAGAAAUCUGUAAAAUACAACUAAGAGUGAGAAAUCAACUCAGCUAGACUGAAUAUCAGGUGGGAUAAAGUCACAAUAAAUUCAAGAGGGUGAUUUGUAGAGAAGGUAACUGGCUCCUUCUCUAUCUGUAGUUCAUAUAGACCUUUUGUGUACACCUAAUAGGGCAUGAUUACUCAGAAGUUUAUACUUUACUCCUCCUCAGUUCUAAUGUUCAGAAAGAUUGUGAUAAUUUUAUUUCCAGCUUAAAUGUGAACUACUGUAGGUAAUACAAAAAAGCAACAAAAAAACUCAAGACAGAAUUACUGUAGCAUGCUCAGAUAUGUACUUAAUGGACAAUGUCGUCAUCUGUUGGAGGGCUUUGACUUUGAGGGAUAAAGUUUUACAUCAAAGAGGAAAAAUAAUAUCUGAGUGACAUCAUCAAAUGACACCAGUAAAAGCCAGACAUUUGAAUUUCGAAUAAGAUUAUGUUUGGUGAUUGCCAUUAGUGUGAAAAUAGAGCACCAUUCCAGGUCUUGACAGAUCUGAUCCAUUUAGGUAGUAUGGUUUUUGAAGUGUAAUGCUACUAAAAUGAUGUAUUUAAAGCAUGCUGCUAAAUAUUUCUAAUAUGCAUGUUCUUGUGUUUCACUAAACCAAGGAAAUUAACAUUGAAAGGCAGGGAUCUUAACAAAGUGGCUUGAGAUGUGAGUACAGUAUUACACACAUUACUGAGGUUGUGGAGAUCUUACAAAUUGUAUUCAUAUCUUUACACAGUCAUGUCAGACAUCAAUUAUGUGCUAUAGGCUAGAGCUACACUCCUGUGUGAUUCAGAACAUGCUUUACAGAUUCGUUCUUUUUUAAAAUAAUGGAAUAUUUCCCACUGCUAAGGAAGACAACAUUGUUUCAAUACAGUGACUUUCUGUUCUAUGAAAGCAUGAAUUGCUGAAAAUUGUGCUCAGCUGUUCACUAGUAUAAAGAAAAUGGAUACUGCAUCCCCCAACUCUGUGGAGUUUUCUAUGGGAAUUUUGAUAGUUUACAGGGUGUUGUGAGUUGAAAUGCCUUAAGUAUUUAACAAUCAUAAUUUAUUACUAACUGUAGAUAUUGUGGGUACUUAUUUAAUUUUUAUAGUUUUUUUGCAAUUUUAAUUAUAAUUUAUUUAUUUAGAAAUAACACAAAAUGUAAAAAAAAACAAUUACCUCAUUUUGCAUUGUUUAUGGGAAUGCUUUGCAUGUGGUGGUAUUUUGCAAAAAAAACAAAACAAAAAAGCUAAAAAUAAAGUCACAUUUUAAUUUAAGAGAUCAGGGUGUGUGAUGACAAGUGUAUUAAUGUGGUGCUGUUACUCUUGGAUACAUUCCAUUAAAAUGCAAUUUUUAUGAUUCCUUAUGCUGUGAUCUAGUGGACAAACUGCAAUAUAGUGGAAAUGGUUUUAGUAUGUAUUCUUUUAUUUUUGCACUCUUUGUUCAGCUUGGCUACCCUUCCGUUGGCAUAUCUGGAUUUUUUUCCUGAUUUUUGUGUGUGCUUAGCUCACCAUUUCAUCUUUCAAACCAGGUGUUGUCUUUUGUUUUCUAUCCACACAAGUACAAUGCAUAUUCACUCAUCCAAAACUGAACAACGCUUAAGUGCCUCAAUUUUAGUGGCAAGUAAGAUCUCUCCAUUUUGUCCAAAAACGGCGAUGCUUGCUGUUGGAAAAUGUAAUCCAGACUUGUUUUUUUUCUACAGCCAUAUUAGAAGAAAUCUGGGAUUAAGUGGUUGUUCCAAAAGCAGUCAAUGUGCAAUCUGCUGUGUGUUGCAAAGCCUGGAGUCUUAUGAAACAUUUUGUAUCUUAAAUUAUGUUAGAAUCUCAACCAUGUAGCUCAAGGGAACAGUAAUGGAAGCUAGAAAGUAUUAGGGGGGGGAUUGAUAGAAAAACAAAACUGACCUACAGAGGAUUCCAUAUCCAAUAUCAGAUCUUUUGUUUUUUUUUUCAUAUUCAUUGUUUAGAUUUUUCAGCUCUUUCCUUCCUGAUGUCUUACAUCAGUACAUAUUUCUUGCCAAUGCAAAAUAAGGAAUUCAAGGUACACUUCCAGGUCACAAAAGUACUUCAGCACUGCGAGACAUACUUUCCAGCCCAGGGGUGAGGUUUUUUGUAAAGCUGAAGAUAUCCCUGCACCCAAUAAUCAAUGUCAAAUCCUCAUGAAUUUAAACAAAAGGAAGAACGCACUCUGUACAUUUCUAUACGUUUUCUAGAGACUACAGAUGUCAUCGCUCACACUCACUUGCUCACCCCAACCAACCUACACAUUCUAAGGACGCUUCUCUUUAUUUGAUAAUUUUUUUGAUCUGAGUUGAAAGACAACUGUAAAAUCACGACUGAAAAUGCUAAGGGAAAGGGUUUUCAUUGCAGCUGCUGAAAGGCUAACAAAAUGGAAACUAGAAAACGACCAUAUUUAAUUCAGUAUGAGACUUGCCUUCUUACAUGCUUAACUCAGUGACAACCUGGAAAAGCCAACCAUGUGGCAAUCUCUUCUGAACAUGGGGUCAUAAACCACUUAACCAUCAAAUAAUUAUCUGAAAAUAGACCAAGAAUGACACUAUUUGUGCAGUAUAGCAGAGUCAAGACCACAAUGGCAUGUAUCUCCUGCUUCAGUCCUGCUCCACUGUGUCAUUGCUCUCAUUACCUAAAUAAAUCAAAAUUUCUCUGAGUGAAUAGUAUCUGGACUUAGUUUUAAAUCUACUGACUCACAGAGUUUAAGAAUUUAGCCAUAAUAUUACCUUAUUGUAAAAAAUAAGUACAGUAUCUUAAAGCACAAGCUAAUGCAUGUUUUUCUCAGGUCUGAAUAUAUACAUAACACGUAUAUUUUAAUAUACAAUAUAAAUAGAUCAGAUUUACAUUGACUAUUACAUAUGAUUACAUUUUGCUGCUUUAAAAAAAAAUGUGCCAGUGGAAGGGGAGCCUCUAUUUUUUUUGUCCAAGGAACUACUGUUUUGCUGUAACUGCGCAAAUGUUUUACAAAAUAGAAUAUUUUAUAGAAAAAAUAGAAAUAUUUAUCAUUAAUAUUAAAGCAAUAGCUCAUUAAUGAUGAUGAAGAAGUACUAGAAAAGUGUAUAAUGUGUAAAGUCUUAGUUUCACUUUUGGCGGAUUUUGUACUUUAUUUAUUACUACUACUAAUAAUUAAAAAAAAAUUGCAACGCUAAACCCAAACUGUUUUGUUCAU